GUGAAUGUGGUAUACUAGAUACGGAGGAAUUAGUGGAUAGACCAUCAAUUCUAUAAAUACAAAACUUUGCCUUAUAAAAGCAUUAAUACCCACCACAGUGAGAAUGUACAGUAGUCUGAGGCAGACGCGUUUCGUUACAGUUUACUACUCUGCGCUUGCCGUAGUCGCGUGUGCUGCUAGUUAUUUGUUUCUGUUGGAGGGAGUUUUGGAUCAUGUUUCUAAUCUUUGAGGACUAAAUCAUGGCUCAAAGUUUUCAAAACGUCACUCUUUCUUUGACUUUACCGAUAUCCUGCCAGAUUUGCCUCGGAAAGGUGCGUCAGCCGGUCAUUUGUUGCAACAACCAUGUGUUCUGCUCCAACUGUAUCAAAGUUUGGCUGGAGAAGAGCAGUCAGUGUCCCACCUGUCGAGUGGCCAUCACCCCAGAAAACCCCUGCAGAGAAAUCAUUGGAGCCACAACUGACAAUGAAUCCAAUGAGAGCUCUUCUGUGAAGAGACGCCUCCGAAAGACUCGAGGGGAGCUGCUUUUGCGAGAAUAUGAGGAUGAAAUCGAAACCCUCUUGAAAGAGAAUGAGGACUUGAAAAGCAAAAACCUGAGCCUUGAGAUGCAACUUAAGACAGCUCUGGAACCGAGGACGGUCUUGGUUCCUCAGAACGAAAGCUGUACUGUUGACCCGAGCGCUCUGGAGGAGUCGGCCAAUAAGCUGAGAGCCGCCAAUGACCUCUACAGGAAUGUCAAACAGGACCUCGAAAAGCUGAAGGAAGCUAACAAAACUCUGCGGUCCCAAAAUUUUGACCUAAUCCAGGAAAAUAUGCACUUGAAAGCCGAAGUGGACAGCAGAUCUCCUCAAAAGUUUGGCCGGUAUACAGUUGCAGCUCUCGAGGCUAAAAUUCAUCAGUAUGAGCGGGACGUGGCCCAUCUGAAAAGAGCUCUGGAGCGCAGCGAUAAAUACAUCGAAGAGCUGGAAGCCCAGAACCAGAGGGAUGACCCUCAGCCUGAAGAAGGUGUUUGUUCAAACGCUGCCUCUGGAGGGAUUGAAAGGAUUGCCCUGAUGCGAAGGAGCCUGAGUGAAAUGGAGGAAACUUCUGUUUGUACAGACCUGGACCGAAAUUGUUCAGAGCUUCCCGACAACCACGGGCACCUCCUGACUACAUCUGAUGUGUGCUUUCUAGCAGGGACCUUGAGUCCACAGAAGGAUGGACUCAAAGACGUUACCGUUCCCUCUACACCCUCCUCGGCUCUCAGAUCUCUGAGCUUGAAGAGUCCUGUGGUGUGCGGUGACCGAAAGUUAGGUCUCAGACCUCUCACUUACCUGAGAAGACUGAGUUUUGAUGAUUGCCAGGGCCCAGCCAGCUCAUCCUCAAUCAACCAAAGCCCAGGAUCCUUCAGUCAGAAGGCUGCUGUGAAUUCAGACAGAGAGGGCUUGUGUGGAGGCUGGAUGGACUGCGGACCUGAGGAGAAGUUGGAGGACCCCACGGGAAACAGCGAGGCUUGUAUGGAUGCGGCGUACCUGGACAAGAUCUCUGAGCUGGACUCUAUGAUGGCUGAGGGUGAGAGCUCCAACAGUCAGGCCUCUCACCUUCCCCUGACAUCCUCAUCCUCACGCUCUCCAGACUUUGAUGCCACCCAAAUACCAGAGCUGGAUUUCUGUAGCAACCUCUUGGCUGAUCCCGGAACAGCAGGAGAGCACCAAACCACAUCUUUGACCCAGGAGACCACCCAUUGUGAUGUUGAGGUCAGCGGCAGAGCUGGAGACCCGGUGGAAAAUCCCGGCCAGCCCAACAAACGCAAGUGUCCCGCAGGAUCGUCCAUGUCCAGCCCCUCCAAACUCUCCAAACUGAAGUAGAAGCAGAAACAUUUCAAGCAUGAUUUCAAUGACUUGAUUGAACUGCCUUUCUGUUCCAUCAGGGCUUUUUAUUACACAUUUGCCUCACUGUUCAUUAUGAUGACAGCAGUGUGCGCUGGAUCAUGUUACUGAAUGAUAUAAAAACCAUUUCAGUGUCCCGAGGUUACACUUUUCUCUUGAAAUUAAAUAUUUCAAUUUCACUUUUUGUGGUUGUAAAGACUUACCUGG